AUGGUGACGCUUCUGGGCUUCAUGUUCAUCGUGGGCAACGUGAUGCUCAUUGAGAUAUAUAUGCCAGACCUCAUUGGACCGGGACCCUCUUGGUUAUACUACAGUUUCGCUUUUGGCAUGUGGAUGUAUUCGACUCUAGACAAUGUCGAUGGCAAGCAGGCACGGAGAACCGGAACCUCCAGCGGACUUGGGGAGCUUUUUGAUCAUGGAAUUGAUUCAUUGAACUGCACCCUUGCCAGUCUUCUGGAGACUGCAGCGAUGGGUCUCGGCUCCACCAAACUCGGUGCAUACACGGCUAUUGUCCCAUGCCUUGCCAUGUAUUUUUCGACCUGGGAAACCUACCACACGCAUACGCUCUAUCUUGGGUACUUUAACGGUCCCACGGAGGGCUUAUUGGUUGCCAUUGGGUUAAUGAUCGCUUCUGGCUAUUUUGGGCCUCAGAUUUGGUCCCAACCUAUCGUUGAAUUUUUGAAUUAUCCUCAAAUCUUUGGAAACAACUCUGUGAAGGAUAUCUGGAUUCCCUUCCUCCUUUUUUCGUUCUUCGUGGGCCACUUGCCGGGAUGUGUUUACAACGUCAUUGUUGCCCGGAGGCAGCAAAACCUUCCUCUAACCCCGAUUUUCAAGGAAUGGGUCCCGAUGAUCAUCUUUACUGGCUGCAACCUGGCCUGGCUUCUUUCGCCCUACUCGAUCAUUUUGGCCGACGAUCGACUGGUUCUAUACUGCUGGACGAUCUCUUUUGUUUUCGGACGGAUGACCACCAAGAUCAUCCUUGCCCAUCUCCUAAGACAGCCGUUCCCCCACUGGACUGUGCUACAGAUUCCUCUUGUCAUUGGCGCCGUGCUGGUCAACCUUCCCCAACUUGGUUUGCCCGGUAUCAGCGGAUGGGUGGAACUUCUGUACCUUCGACUUUACCUCCUCGUUGCAUUUGUCGCCUACAUGCACUGGGCAUUCCUGGUGAUCAACCGGAUCACAACCUUUUUGGGAAUCAAUUGCCUCACCAUCCGGAAGGACAAGUCUACAGCCAGGGACCGGGCCUACCGCGAGUUUGGAGAGGGAAACCAGGAGGAUUUGAACGCCGACCCCAACAAGGGAGCUCUCAAAAGCCAUUGA